GCAGGAGCUUCCGCUGAGCUCCUGAACGCAGCACCAGCGUUGUAGACAGAAGAGGAGGGGAGAGGAGGAGGUAGAGGCGGCUCGAGGAGAAGUAUGAAGAAUAUCCCCGGUAUCUAAGCUAACAGACGGGGAGAGCAUCUCGUCCUCCCUCGCUCAUAAGGGCCCGACUGGAAACGGAGAGAGGCUGAGGACAGGAUGGAAGAGAAGAAGCAGUUUCUUUGUGGGGUGGUGGAAGGUUUCUAUGGGAGGCCAUGGACUAUGGAUCAGAGGAAGGUUCUCUUCCAGUGGAUGCAAAGUUGGGGGUUGAACACCUACCUGUAUGGCCCAAAAGAUGACCUGAAACACAGGCUGUUGUGGAGAGAAGUCUACUCUCACGAAGAGGAGGGUCAGUUGCGUACUCUCAUCAAGGAGGCCCAGUCGAGAGGCCUGAAGUUUGUUUACGCCCUGUCACCUGGUCAGGACAUUGUCUUCUCCUCUUCCUGUGACCUGACACUUCUCAAACGCAAACUGAGACAGGUAUCAGACCUGGGUUGCCAGGCAUUUGCCAUUCUGUUUGAUGACAUCGAUCACUCCAUGUGUCAGGCUGACAGCGAGGCCUUUUCUUCAUUCGCCCAUGCUCAGGUCACUGUAACCAAUGAGAUCUACCGGUUCUUGGGGGAACCAGCUGUCUUCCUAUUUUGCCCCACAGAGUACUGUGGUUCUCUGUGUUCUCCGAGUGUAUCAAAGUCUCCCUACCUGCAGACUGUUGGAGAGGACCUGCUCCCCAACAUAGCAGUGAUAUGGACAGGCAAUAAGGUCAUCUCCAGGAAACUGUCUGUAGACUGUCUGGCGGAGGUGGAGUCUGUUCUCCAGCGCUCCCCGCUCAUCUGGGACAACCUGCACGCUAAUGACUAUGACUCCAGACGUCUCUUCCUGGGACCUUUUAAGGGCAGAGAGCCUCAGCUGAGAAGCCACCUAAGAGGCCUGUUACUCAACCCCAACUGCGAGUUUGAAGCCAACUACAUCCCUCUCCAUUCGCUGGCGAGCUGGUACAGAACUGGAAAAGAGGAGAGGAAAGAUGAGGAGUGUGAAUACUGUCCUGAUAGAGCUCUGUCUGCUGCACUACACGAUUGGAUGCAGGAACUCAACCAACCUCUGCAAGCAGGUCGACAGAGCACACGAGCAGACCAGCGUUACUCUGCUCCAACAACUGACAAAUCGGACUGCCCGUCCACAAUCAGGGAAACCUCUGCCGUGGCCAAGCUCCCCGUUUUCCCCCUGAACUCCAGCUCACCCCCAUCUUCACCCACUAAGAUCAGGUGGGAGACGGAGGGAAGAGAGGGGGAGAAUAAGAGUCAAUCCAAUUACCAACCUCAAGGAUCUAGGCCUAGUGCACCCCGAGGCAGGGGACAGAAGGCCCAGGAUUGGGGUCUCUGUGGUGGGAAGGGCCUACUAAGUGAGACCCAGGUGCGGCUGCUGGUUGGUCUUUAUUAUCUGCCCCACGAGCAUGGCCCGUCUGCCCAGAAACUGCUGCAGGACCUGACCUGGCUGAAAGCAAACUGCCACAUGGUCAGCGCCAACAGCAAGAAGACACCGCCUCUGAAGAUUGAUGAGUGGCGUGGCCGGUCCUCCAGGGUCCUGUCCCUGUGUGAAGACAUAGCACAGCUGCACUGCAGCGUGGUGAGCGGGGCCAACAGGGCUGUGCUCUAUGACCUUUACCCUUAUGUGUGGGACCUUAGGAACACGGCUCUGGUGGCAAAAGCAUUCAUAUGCUGGCUGGAUGGGCGUGUGCUGAGUGAGAGCUCCCCCCUGGCUACCUGGAGGAACUGCUUCCACUGGUGUGGGAAGACCACAGGGGCAGACCAACUGGGAAUGGAGUCAGAACCAUGGACGUUCAAAGGGGGCGUGUCUGGGGAGGUGCAGAUGCUUCUACCAAUAGGCAGCAGCGGUGAUCUCUUCACUCAUCCUCCUCCUCUCUUCCCUACCACUCGUCUCUAUAACAUCAGGCCCUUCCACAGCAAGGACAAGUUGGAGUUGUAUCGGAUGGUGCGCCAACUCCACCUGAGAACUCAGGGUGGCCAAGAGUCCAGCGUUUCUCACCCAGAUAUCGUAGGAGACAGAUGUCUCGGACCAUGCCUAGCGUUGUGUCCAGAGUACUGCUUCAUCCUGGAGGAUGAGCUGGGUGCGUGUGGCUGUGUGUUGGGUAUUUUGGAUGUGCGUUCCUUUGCCAAGCGGUGCCAGGCCAGCUGGAUGCCUGCCAUGAGGGACAAAUACCCACCUAAAAGGGGCAACACACACCCCAACACACAGGACUUGAUCCAGCUGAUGGAGGAGGACCAGGGAGAGUACCCAGACUCUCUCAUCUAUCACUUCCCCUCUCAGCUGCGACUGGACGCCCUGCCGGAGCUGGUGGACAUCAGCGUCAGCCGCACCCUGCUCACUGCCCUCCUCACUGCACUUAAGGCCAACGGAUCUCAGGGUGUGUUCUGCGAGGUGCAGCCAACAGACCGUCAGAGGCUGGAGUUCUUGACAAAAAUGGGUUUCCUGGAGAUCCUCAGAGGAGAAGCCAGGAGCAGAGAGGGAGUGGUGUUGGGAAGGCUGCUCUGAACCUUAACACACACUUACACACCACAGACCAUGCAGUAGACGUGUGAGCAUGCAUGCACGCACACACGCACACACACACACACACACACACACACAAAGAUGUUAGGAACACAGUAUGUUCAGUACAGCCUAGCAAAGGCUAAGGUCAGCAAACAAGCAGGAUGUGUAUUUUCUCCAUCGAGAGAGAAAAUCUCUAUUAAAAGGGACAAUCCGGAAUUCCUUUGAGUCUGUGUGGCAACAGUAAUGGGCAGAAAGCCAGUAGUUUCUAAAGGAUUUACAAAAUAUAAAAAAAACUUUGAUUUGAAAGUUUCAGCAGAGCUGUGCUAAUCUUUCGUGGAUUCCACCCCUGGUUACGGAUUACAAGAUUUAGUCACAAGAAAGAAUAGUUUGAGAUGGGAGCAGAGCAGUAGAUCACAGCAGCUAUGUACCUUUUUGUUAAAGAGGCUGUCAUUAGUUCUAAUGUAUUUCUUCCUGUAUGGGAGAGGGGUUGCUGAUAAUUUUCAUCCAACCCACUCUUUUUAGCUUCAUAUUUACUGUACAGACAUUAGAGCAAUAUUCAUCUUCUAAUCUAACUCUCGGCAAGAAGGCUAAUAAUGGUACAACCCAAAAUGUUGAACUGGUCCUUUAAUUCAGGUUGAAUAAUCCCCUCCUGUACACAACCACGGUUAAGCUGCCACACUUGAUCUUUUGCCCUGCUCCCUCUACUUCGAUCAUAAACAAUACUUUUUUUUCUUCAAAUUUAGGACGUUGUUUUCUAGCUCCUGUCCUGUUAGAUAAACAGCGUGCUGAGAGCAGAGUGGACCCAGGCACAGCGUCACUGUUUACACUUGAUUAGUUUGAUGAAUGUCUACAUGCAUGAAGAACAAAACAUUGUGCGGGUGUUCACAAAGUAGGAUAAAAUGUAUGCCAACAUCGACACAGACAUUUAGAAUUUUAGUGGCAAGCUGGAACAUGGCGACAUUAAUCACUUUUUUUUUAAAUUGGACCUUUCUCAGUCAUUAUAGCUAUAAAGAAAACGACAACAUACAAGUGCAUGCAUGCUACACUUCAUCAGAAAAACUAAAAUCAUUUUUUCAGAUUGGGCAUGAAAACCAUCAUGCAGACACACACAAAGUUUUGAACGGGUUCAAUUGGAUAUAAUAGAUACCUCACCCUCACUUCAGAUAUUGUAAAAUCAACAGUGAGUAUCUAUGGUGCAUGUAUGGGUACAUGGUGGUUAAACAUAUCAGUUAAGACAGCUGUGUCAUUCUGCCUUUUAUUCCAACACACACACACACACGUGCACACACACACACACACACACGUGCACACACACACACACACACACACACACACACACACACACACACACACACACACACACAAACAAAAAGAAGCACAACAGCACCAACAAUCAAAUCGUAAAAAAAAAAAUGAAAGUACAUGGAACUAAGAAUGUUCAUUUUUUUUGUAAUACUGCUAAAAAGACGCUAUACUGUUUGUGCAAGUAUUUAUAUUUCUACUUUUUUCUGUUUUUAAUAUUAUGCUCGAUCAAUCAGACUGAGAGGCACUUUUGUAUCUUUUGUCUUUUUACCAACCUCAUCACCAUUGUCUGUGAGGUAGUACAUGAUAAAAAAAAUGUAUUCCCAGAACAAAAAAGGAUGUAGACAACAUCCUGAAAACACUGAGAUAGAAAUGCAUGAUGUAAAGAAACAUUUUAUAAGACGUUAUUGUUUGUGAAAGAAUGUCACUUCACCUGGAUAAAAAAAAAGAAAUUCAUCUUUUCAUAUAUAUUUUUUUUUUUUUUACAUUAGACUGGGAUAUAUGGUUUGUAUGUGAAUGUGAACAUGUUUGUGUGUUUAGGAAUAUCAAUGAUGGGAAAUAUAAAAAAAUAAAUAAUCUACACAGGCAACACGAAGCACUG